AUGGCCGACUUCUUCGUCUCAUCUUCUGCUGCAGUCGCCGCUGUCGCCUCCAAGAGCACUCAGCAAAACAAGUCCGUGCCCGCUGCUCCUUCUGACAAGGCCGAGUCUAGCACCGCUACUCAGGGUGCUGGGUCGAACUUCUCGAUGUGCGAGAUCAUCAUGUAG